AUGCACGACGACAGCGCUGCUGGACCUCCACUGGCCGCGCACUUUGAAGCGAAGCGCCGGAUCCUGGCGACCGUCAAGCAGUUGCAGGACCGAGGCGAGACGAUCGAAGAAGCCACGUCGGACGAGGUCGCCGAAGCUGUUUGCAAGUCGGCCGCGACGGUCUUUCGGUUCGACUUUUGUCUCUCGGCCACAGCGAAGGAAAAGACGCGCCACCGGACGCGCAAGAGGGCGAAAAAGCGACGAGCGAAGCGAUUGCACGACACGACCGACUCGGCAGGGGAUCAGAAGACCGCUCGGACGAGUUGCGAGACGAGGGAUGCAGUGCCGCAACGAGAAGAGCACAGGACAGACGCCCAACUGCGUCGAGUGGACUGCGGUCAGCUCACGCGUCCAAAAGAGGAGCGACUGUCUUCGUCGGUUGCUGUGUCGCCGUUCGUGAAACUGCGCAAGGCGACAGGCACAGAGAGCGAAGUGGCCACAAUGCACUUGCGCUAUGGACAGGGCCGGCGCAAUUUGGCCGCAACGAAGCAGCGAGCGCAGCGCCGCAAGGCACUAAAUGCAGCUACUACUACUGCUACUGCUACUGCUACUACUGCUACUCCAGCAGCAACGACGACGACGACGAGCGAUUUUCGAUUCAACUUUCUGGCCACGUCGUGA